CAAGAGGCCCCCAGGAGGCCCCGAUAAUCUUUUCCGCAGCCAUUUUGGCUCAAGGAGAGGGGUGCGUUUCGUUUCAGGUCGUUCUGGCCUGCCUUCUCGGCACAGCUUUAGUUAUUGUACCGAGUACCGAAGAUGACCAUUCAAAACACUUGCUUAUAUGUGAUUGCGUGUCAAUUGGUCCAAGUGGCCAGUCUGCACUUGCAGUCCGGUUACCUGAACACUGGACAGAAGCAGGGCAGUAUCACGAAUGCUGCGCCGAGUCCAGAGGAAGAGUUCAACACUUUCCUGAACACCCACGACGACAUUCAGGACUACGCCCCGUCAGGCAGCACUGGAGUCAUGGUCGACUCCGUUCACGGGGACUACGGCCCGUUCCUCGUCGUCUACCUGACUUACCAGGGGGCAACUCCCACUAAGACUCUCUCGGAGGUCCAGGGCAUGUUUUGGAAUUCGCCCGGUUUGAACGACUCUCUGUAUCAUAGCUCGUGGCACACGGCUUGGAUCUCGUCCUCCAACGUCGACUUCUUCACGAUGGAGUCUACGGAGGACCCAGCACUUUGGGGAUUAAACUUCUGGUCACUGUAUAUCAGUGUGUCCUCCCAACCACUGUAUCAAGCACAGGUCAGCACCAGGAGUUACAAGCAUACGAUGGUGAUUGCACCCGGAAGCACUUUCGCUGCCACCGCGUAUUUCCCUUCAACUGGUGCUUGGAACGGGUGGUCCCAGUAUUACGGGAGCGCCAUUACUUGGAAUACGAUGUUCCACGAACUAGGGCACAAUUGGGGCCUUCACCACGCAGGAGGCUAUUGGAGCGAUGGGUCGUUCCAGCAGUAUUUGGACGAUGCGGUGAUGGGCUAUCAGCGGGAGUGGCGGAACUCAGACCCGAAUGUGGUGGCGCGCUACAGGAUGGGCUGGCUCACGGGAGCCGAGGUCGAGGAGUUCGUUCGGGGCUCUGACCACCACACGGUCAACAUCUCUGCUCUCAACGAGGGGCCGACUGGUGCACCAUUUUUGAUGGUGAAAAUUCCGUGCGAUGAGUGUGUAGGGGCGAGUGCUUCUGUCGCAGGUGCGGGCGCUCUCUACCUCUCCUUCCGCACGGCCGACACGCCAGCCCUGUACGGCAUCGACGACAUGGGGACUAUCAGCCUCUAUGACAAGUUCACUUCUGCGUAUCUGACGCUGGCCGACCGCGUCCACGUGCACUUCCAGCCCGACGCCAGUAUGAUAACCGAGCUGUGGACCACUCUGGCAGCGGGAGAGACACUCGAAAUCGCCAGUGCAACCAUGUGGAUCCAUGUCUGCAGCAUCGAUGCCGCGAGCCAUGCCAAGGUAAGUAUCUCAGACACGAGCGAAGCCCUAGCGCAGGCAGGGUGCCCGUUGUCAGCACCGACGCCAAUCCCGACGCCCGCACCACCGACUCCAGCGACUCCAGCUCCGACUGAGGGAGCCUCGUCCGCCGUGGGCGAUCCCCACCUGCAAAAUGUGCUUGGCCAGCGAUUCGAUUUGAUGCAGCCAGGCACUCAUGUUCUUCUAAGCAUCCCUCGCGGAUCGAGCGCUGAAAAUGCAAUGCUUCGCGUGCAGGCCGAUGCGCGCCGAUUGGGGGCGCAUUGUUCGGACAUGUAUUUCCAGGAGGUCAACAUUACGGGGUCUUGGGCAGAGGCAAAAAAGGUCGGAGGGUAUCGUUACGGCGUAUCGCAGCGCACUGGCGAGACUCCAGAGUGGAUUGCUUUUGGCAAGGUCGAGCUGAAAGUCGCUCAUGGACGUACUCACGGUGGCCUGCAGUAUUUGAACGUGUACGUGAAGCAUUUGGGGCUGGCAGGAUGCGUCGUCGGGGGUCUAUUGGGAGAGGACGACCACACGAGCGUCGCACAGAGUCCAGAGUGGUGCCACACGACACUUGCUCUUAUGACGAUGGACGAUGCGGGAUUCUGACGGCCAGGGUCCCUUUAUGGCGUCACUAGCGGCAGCAGCCUUCGCGUGACCGCGUUGCAGCUCCCUCCCCCGCGGAUCUGCGGCGUCGGCUAUACCACCCGAGAGUCGGCUGGCUUUUGAACCUGGGCCACAUUCAACAUAUAUGUGUGCUAUCAUUUAUAAUAUUUUUAGUCGGCGACUUCGAGGAGUUGGAUGCCUCCUCCUCCUCCUCAUCACCUUUUGCCCUCCUGCGCCACCUCCCGCGGAGCCGAGGAGCCGAGGCUCCUCGGGCCACUGUUGCUGCCUCCUCUUGGCUGGCUGUAGCCUCGGCGCGAGCUGCCGCCCGCGGCCUGCCUCUCCCGUUUGCCCCACCGUUCAGAAGAAAAAGGAGGCCCCGAGAAUCUUCGAAACUCGCGUCACGGGGCGCCCGAGAAGCGUGCCAAGACACCCCUCUGUGCAGGCAUGUGUAGCGCAGAGCGCAGGUCUCUUUUCAAGGACUGCGCGCCGCGGGGCAAUACGGAUAGCGGGCUGCUGCGGAGCACGCGUGCACGGGGGUGCCGAACUCCUUGUAGGGCACGAUCCGCGUGAAGGGUGUACCGAACAGCUCGGAUGUCCACGCGCGAACACGCCUGCUGAGGCUGCAGGUGGAGCUCUUCUUGGCACGGCCCGUGCGAGACACGC